UGUGCGUGUGUAGACAAGGCGCUGUAGAGAUAAGAAAGGGGUUGCGUUUCUGUCGGGGCGGGGCCGAGCAUCCGUCACUCACGGCAGUUACCCAACAAAAUGGGCGUUCCUUCUUUGCGCUCCGUCCAAUGAGAGACACCGCUCCUGGAGUCACCAUGGUGACGGGGUUGUGUCCGGGGAGGCUGUGAUGGGUUGACAGGUGCGUGACAAUCGGAGCUCUCUGCAAGCAUGUACGCCAAAGGCAAGAGUAACAACGUACCGUCCGACAGCCAAGCGAGGGAAAAGCUAGCACUGUACGUCUAUGAGUACUUAUUACAUGUAGGAGCCCAGAAGUCGGCACAGACCUUCCUGUCAGAGAUAAGAUGGGAGAAGAACAUAACGUUAGGGGAACCUCCAGGAUUCUUACAUUCAUGGUGGUGUGUAUUCUGGGAUUUAUACUGUGCGGCACCUGAGAGGAGAGAAACCUGUGAGCAUUCCAGCGAAGCAAAGGCAUUCCACGACUAUAAACCUACCCAUAUUCAACAGCUGAUUGCAAAAGAACCACUGAAGAGUGCAGCUGCAGCUCCGAGUCCUGUCCUUGGAAACAUGCCUCCCGGAGACGGCAUGCCCGUCGGCCCCGUUCCUCCAGGCUUCUUUCAGCCUUUCAUGUCAUCACGUUACCCAGGUGGUCCCAGACCCCCGCUCAGAAUACCCAAUCAGGCAUUAGGUGGCGUUCCUGGCAACCAGCCGUUGUUACCCAGUGGCAUGGAUCCAUCAAGACAGCAAGGUCACCCAAAUAUGGGCGGGGCUAUGCAGAGAAUGACUCCGCCCAGAGGGAUGGUGCCUUUAGGACCACAGGGAUAUGGAGGAGGGAUGAGACCACCACUAAAUGCUCUUGGAGGUCCUGGAAUGCCUGGAAUGAACAUGGGUCCCGGAGGUAGACCAUGGCCAAAUCCACCAAAUUCCAACUCGAUCCCGUACUCCUCUGCAUCUCCAGGGAGUUAUGUGGGUCCACCGGGAGGAGGAGGGCCACCAGGAACGCCCAUAAUGCCGAGCCCCGCAGAUUCGACCAACUCUGGAGAAAACAUGUAUACUCUAAUAAACACAGUGCCACCUGGAGGAAACAGGCAAAACUUUCCUAUCGGUCCGGGUGGCGAAGGUCCAAUGGGUGGAAUGGCAGGAAUGGAGCCACAUCACAUGAAUGGAUCAUUAGGGUCAGCUGACAUGGAUAGUAUGCCCAAGAAUUCUCCUGGAACCUUGAGCAUGAGCAACCAACCCGGAACACCGAGAGACGACGGAGAGAUGGGCGGGAAUUUCCUCAACCCCUUCCAGAACGAGAGCUAUUCUCCAAACAUGACCAUGAGCGUGUAAAGACCUCUUUUGAGAACCCAGGUGGGUUCCACCACACGACAAGGAACUCGUGCAAGCGCGCUGUAGCCAGCCCUCUUCUGCUCUCUGGAGAAUAUGGGUCCAAGCCUCCUCUUUUCUCUCCUCGUUUUCGUUUUCUUUAUUCACAACGAUCCUCGGCGGCGUCAGAACCAAGGGUCCGUGUUGAAGCUCGUUGGGCGAGAAAGACAACUCAACAAUCUGUCUAUAUUUACGUAUAUCUUUGUGUAUAUAUGUGGGUGUACAUUCAAAUUUACCUGUGCAUGUAUGAGAGGAGAUAUAUUCAUCAUUGUACGGGCUUGAAAGAGGCACAAAGAAAGCUGAUGGACUUGAACUGUAUGACUGCUCAUAUUUACUUUAAAUUAUUGAAACAUGCGAAGGGUCAAGUUUAUGGGAACAUUCGAAAUUACAAUGAGCACGCUGUUACCGAUUUGUCAUCGAGGAGUUGUUACUAAUGAUUAUUUCAUACCGCAGACAGACAUCUGUGCUCCUUUAAUGCAGCCUGAUCAAAUCUCAAGGUUUUGUUUUUGUAUAUAUGUCAUAAAAGGAGAUUUAUUUAUCAGGACGAUGCCUAAGAAGAACAGCCAUUCGAUACUUACACUUAAAUAAAAUCCACCGCAUCUUCAAAAACUGUGCACAACAUCUUCUACAAAGUCUUGAGUUAACAUCAUUCAACAACAAAGAUUUCAGUCAUGCUUUGACAAUAUUAGGUGACAUGGAUUUGAUGCUUUUAUAUGACAUUUUAUUUGUUAAAAUCUUUGCAUGUGAAUAUUGAACGUCGAGGAGGAUUUUAUGGAUAAAUAAACUGGUCCAUUCAGAGGAAAGGCACAUGGAUUGGAAUUAAAACACCUGUCAUUUAAUAAUCAACUUAUUUAUAUAUCCGUUGUUGUGUCACCCGGAGAAACUGUGAUUUUGCUUUGCUCUUAUUUUAAGUGAAAUUAUUAUUGCAAAGUUUUUAAAUGCGUAUAUAUAUGUGAAUUUUUUUAUAGCUUGGGAUCCAAUUCAUUUGUGUCUCUGUGAAUUAUUUAAAAUUAUACUGUAAAAUAACUGAGGUGUUUUUGUGUUUAUUUGUAAUAACAUCUGCCUUUCUUGCCCCCUGAAUUUGCCUGACUACGAGCGAGAUCCCAUUAUGCGUGUAAAACAUUUUCCUUUGAAUUACUGAGUCAUUUGAUGUUUCAUUUAUGAUUUUGUGAAGUGUUUCUUUUCUACUUUGUACACAGAGAAGUUUUGGAUAUACUGAUAUAAAGCUUCUCAUUGCUGUUUAUUAGACUCUUAA